GAACUUUGUCUCAGUUCCUCUUGUAAAGGAAAUGAGGAUGUCUGCUUAAAUCUAUAGGUCAGCAUUUGGAGUAAAACCGUUAAAUGGCACAAAUCGAAUCCAUAUGUUCUCAAUGUAGGCGUUUGAAAGCGACUGAGGCGCUUUAUGAUAAGUAGUUGAUACAGUUGGAGAGUCAGCGCUGAGUACGUGUGUCGGUAUGCGCUUUGGACACAGAACAGGGAAUAAGUCCAGUGGAGUGGAGGGAAACUGUUUCCAGUUUAUAGUUUGAUAUCUUCGGGGUGUUGUCUAAAUAAAGGAAGUACUCGCCGAGCAGCAUGUAUGAGAGCAGCUCUGGUGGCGCUGGAUCUGAACCAGAUGUCAGUAAUGCUGACUCCCACGGCAGCAGGAGGUCCAGACAGGGCACCGUUGUGGAGCGACUCUCGAGGUAUGGCAUGCAGGUCAUGCCCAGUGCCUUCCAGCGUAGGUCGAGGCUGCAGAGGCAGCUGGAGGUCACUGACAGCUCCGGAGCAGCGGGGCUGCAGAGGGAGGCUCCGGAGAGAAGCUCGCUCACACCCGCUAUGCGUAAAAAAUACCUGAAGGAUUUGCUUCUGAGUAACCCAUCACACAGCGGCUUCAGCAGCGUGCUGUCCCAGACCUCCAGCGUGUCCUCUGAGCAGGACGCAGACUGGGCUUUGUACCCGAUGGAGCACGCGUGGAUGCUGUCUGCAGUGGAGGGAAACUAUGAAACCAUACUGGACUUCAUCUCCGAGGACCCCUAUCUGCUCACCAGGAAGGACUUCAUCAGCGGGUACUCGGUCCUGCACUGGCUGGCCAAGAGGGGACAGGACGAGACUCUGCUCAAACUUUUGCGCCACGCGGAGGGCGCGGGGAUCCCCGUUAAUGUGAACGUGCGGGGCAGCGGCGGGCUCACCCCGCUGCAUUUAGCCAGCAUGCACGGACAGUACAUGGUGGUCAAGCUGCUGGUCGGAGCCUUCAGCGCCAACGUUGAUGCCAUGGACUACAACGGGAAGAGAGCCUGGCAGUAUCUGAGGGGAGACGCCCCGCUGGAGAUGAAGGAGCUGCUGGGGACCUGGGAUGAUGAUUACAGCUGUGACAGUGCGGUUAAUGUCAACAAAAACAACAACAGCAGCGCUGUCGCAAUGAACCUGACCUCUGAUGAUGAUGAGGUCGAUCAUGUCCGCACAGUUGAAGUGAACUCCUUUGACCGGACUAAGAGGGGGGGCAGUUGGAGGUUCACGAAUUUAAGGAAGCUGCUGCCCUCCUUUUCAUUUCUUGGAAAAAACAGCUGAGUGAUUAUGACGCAAGCUUUCAAAUAUGUGCUUUACUUCACUGUUUCAGUGGUUUACAAUUCACUGAGGGGGCAAAAAUAUCCUCCUUUAGGAAGUAAUUUCUGCUUAUUGAGACCUUACAGUUCCUGAAAACAGUGUCCAUUUGUUGAAUUCAUUAUUUCUCAUAUGAACAGCUAAGCUCACUGUUAAAGAAAGACAAAUACUAAUUUCUUCUUGAACAUAAAUUGAGUCUUAUUGUGGACUGAAAUGCCUGCUGUAUUUGCAGAUCUACUUGUUUUAAAGGACAUUAAGGAUUUAAUUAUAGGUAGAAAUAAGUGAACAUGGAUAUUAGCUGUGAUGAUCCAAGGGGAUGAUAUGUUUUUGUGCUUUUGCAUUUCUUGAAAAAUACUUGAUACUUUAAGCCAAACUUAAACUGCUCUUGUCCAGAAGUAGGGUUGCAAUUUACUGGUAUACCAUGGUUUGUUAAAAAAAGUCAAAAGGGAGACUUAAUACAUAAAAAUUUUUACAGCUUCUAUGAGUUUGUUUUAACAAAAAAAAGGCC